AUGACGUCAGGGCCGUUCGCGGCUCGUUGCCGGGGAAACCGCGUUUCCAUCCGCGCGGGUUUCCGGUGGCCCGGCCGCCCCCUCCCAUUCAACUUUUUCCUCAUUGGGGGGGAGGGGGUUGGUGCAGCGCCGACCCCGCCCCCCGUGAUCCCGGAAGCCCCCGGCCCUGUCUGCGCCCCGGUUUAUCGUUCCGCGCCCCGCAACCCACGCACGGCCUUCUCCCCCCGCCCCUGCGGCCUCUGCACCUUCCCCGGGCUGAGGUCGGCUGGCCGGGACCCGGCGCCUCCCGGGGCGGGGGCGUGCGCCGCGGCCGCGCGGAGUCUCCGCGAAGACUCAGGGCCGCAGCCCAGGCCGUGCCUCAGCCCAGCAGACCCAUCCCACACAGGGCCGCGACCCUCAGACCCCGAGGACAGGGCCACCCCCGAGGACAGGGCCGUGACCCCUCAGACCCCCGAGGACCCCCGAGGACAGGGCUGUGACCCCUCAGAACCCCUCAGACCCCCGAGGACAGGGACGAGACUCCUCACAACCCCUCAGACCCCCGAGGACAGGGACGUGACCCCUCAGAACCCCUCAGACCCCCGAGGACAGGGACGUGACCCCUCAGACCCCCGAGGACCCCCGAGGACAGGGCCAACCCCUCAGACCCCCGAGGACAGGGACGUGACCCCUCAGACCCCCGAGGACCCCCGAGGACAGGGCUGUGACCCCUCAGAACCCCUCAGACCCCCGAGGACAGGGACGAGACUCCUCACAACCCCUCAGACCCCCGAGGACAGGGCCGUGACCCCUCAGAACCCCUCAGGCCCCCGAGGACAGGGACGUGACCCCUCAGACCCCCGAGGACCCCCGAGGACAGGGCCGUGA